AUGCACACCACUGUCAUUAUUAUCAUAGCCCUCUCCCUUUUUACAUCCUCAACACCCCUCCCCUCCCCACCCCCAAAUCUCACCACCACCAUCCACAAUGCAAACCACAUCUUCAACGCCCUCCACUCCUCAAUGCGCCAAUGGGGCUCCGCCUGGAAUCACAACGGCAUGUCAUUUUUCCUCGCAAGCGUACCAAAAGGUACACAAUUCUACCACGGAACUCAAUCUUCGCAGAGAGUCAAUGGCACGGAAUGGCUUGCCUUUGAGCCGGAGCAUGCGUUGAGUUUUGCUUAUGCUGGGCCAUUUCCUCAUCCUGAUCCUGAAAAACCGAGUCAAAAAGUGUUUGCAGGUGAUGAGGGGGAGGUUAGAUAUGGGUAUUUACAUACAUAUACCGCUGCAAAGGAUUUGAGAUUGUUGUAUAUCGAUGGGUUAUCAGCUGGGAAGACUGAUAUGGGUACUCUGGAUUCUGGAGAUAGAGUAUUUCUACGCGAUAGUCUCUCCACACCCUCUCCCAAAGAACAAACACCACAUCCAAACCCGAAGAAAAAACCGGGUCUCCCAACUGAAUACGAACGAGCCCUAAAAGGCUGCCAAAUCGCCAAAAAUGACUGGCAAGAUCGCAUCCACGGCAUUCUCCGUGCCGAAGCCGGGUUUGAAAUUAUCCUGUGCGAUUUUGCGCGUGAUUUGGAUCUUGUUCGGAUCAGUGCUGUGCCUCCUCGCCGACAAGACAGAAAUAAUAACGGCUGGUUCGGCGGAAAUUCUUAUUUCUAUCGUUCGAUUGCUUCGCGGUUUCAUCAGAUUGGUGGGGAGAGGGUUAGGGUGAAUUAUGAUCGGUUUGUGACUGCUUUUGCCCAUGAGGAGUUGGAUUUGUUUGAUAAAGGAAAGAAUGAGAUGCCGAGGUUGAUUCAGUUUAGGUCUGAGGAACUUGAGGCUGUUCGUGAGGAGCUUACGAGACUUGUUAUGGAGCAUGACGUUGCGACAGAGGCGGGGGCGGUUAAUUGGCAGGCUGUGGUUGAUAUGAUUGUUACCAAGUAUUCGGAUUUACUUCAAUUUUUCAUCUCGAAGGAGGUGGAUUCGCUGAUGGAUAUGAAGUCGAAUGUUUCGAGUCUUUAUGUCGCGUUUGUGGAUGAUCGAAAGAGGGAUGUGGAUGCUGAAUCGGUGCGGUGUGCGAUGCAGUUCAUUCCUUCCACGGCACUGGAUAGGGAAAGUCUUGCGGGGAGAGUGGUAUAUGAUAUUUCGUACACGAUCUGCUCUACUCUUCGUGCUGUACUGGAUGAUGUCGAUGUUGUAGUCGCCAAAUCACGGAUUGAGCGUCUGGUGGAGUAUCUGGCGUGGACGACGUGGAAGGACUGCAAGACAAAAUGUGGGUAUAAUGAGGUAUGUUAUAUACCGAUUUGGCCGUUUGGGACGGUUGAGGAUCGGGUGAAUCCGAGGUGUAAGAGCCCUAGGGAAGAGAUGAGUGGUGGAGAGAGGUAUUGGAGGGAUGGGGGUUUGAAGGUAGAGCAUGGGGAGUUACAAACUUGCCAAGUUUGUGAAGAGCUCCUCUUCACCAAGUCUUACUACGUUGACAACCACGCCAAUGGCAAUCAAGUCUGCAACCUAGUGCGCCCCCGGCUCUGCUGCCAAUUCUGGAGGGAACGAUCCCAAUCGAGGCGGUGGUGGCAGCGGUGGUGGUGGGAGGAAGCCCCCUCGCCAGAUCCUUUGCAAGGUGCGCCAGCGCUGGCACAAGCCUGGCCGCUGCUAUCCAGCAAGCCAGCAGCCAGAGUGACAAAAAUUGCCACCACGCAAAGGUGCCAGCAAUCCCAGGAGUCCCAGUCACAGCAACAAGCUGCUGAGAGGGCUCAACGACAAGUGGAGGAGCUAGAGCGGCAGGUGCUGCAGCAGCAACAGCACCAGGGCCAGUCAUCUGAAACCAUCAAGUGA